AUGUUCAGGUUUGUUGGAAGAUCCGGUUUUGCUUUGCGUGGUUCGCUGCAACUACGUAAGGACGUUCUGCGUUCUAGGACCACUGCCGUUGCAAAAAGACAUUAUUCGUCUUCUAACGGUAAUAACGGCGGUGGAUUUUCGUCCGCCAUUUUAAGCGUUCUUGGUGGUUCUUUAAUUGGUGGUGGGUUUGUUGCAUAUGCUCUAGGCUCUCAGUUCGAGAAGGAAAAGUCCGUGAGUGAUUUGUCCAUUGCUAGAUUGGAAGACCUUGAUUCUCCCGAGUACUGUGAUAAGGAAACUUUUGCUAAAGCUCUUGUUGAAUUGAAAGAUGUCUUAGAAAACGAUCCUGAAAACUUCACUGUGGCUAAGGACGAUUUGGAUGCUCAUUCGGAUACCUAUUUCAACUCUCAUCAUGCUGAAGCUAAUCAAAGACCAGAAAUUGUUUUGUAUCCACGCAACACAGAAGAUGUUUCCAAAUUAUUGAAAAUCUGUCACAAAUACUCUAUCCCAGUGAUCCCAUUUUCAGGUGGUACCUCUUUGGAAGGGCAUUUCCUACCAACUAGACCAGGGUCUUGUGUCGUCUUGGAUAUUUCAAAAUAUUUGAAUAAGAUUAUUCAAUUGAAUAAAGAGGAUUUGGAUGUUGUGGUACAAGGUGGUGUUCCAUGGGAAGAAUUGAACGAAUAUUUGAACGAUCAUGGUUUGUUGUUCGGUUGUGACCCUGGUCCAGGUGCUCAAAUCGCCGGUUGCAUUGCUAAUUCUUGUUCUGGUACCAACGCUUAUCGUUAUGGUACCAUGAAGGAAAACGUUGUUAAUAUUACUAUGUGUAUGGCUGAUGGUACUAUUGUUAAGACCAAGAGAAGACCUAGAAAAUCGUCUGCUGGUUACAAUUUGAACGGGUUAAUUAUUGGUAGUGAAGGUACUUUGGGUAUCGUUACUGAAGCUACUAUUAAAUGUCAUGUUAGAUCUACUUUUGAAACUGUCGCUGUCGUUCCGUUCCCAACUGUCAGUGAUGCUGCAUCUUGUUCCUCUCAUUUGAUUCAAGCCGGUAUUCAAUUGAAUGCUAUGGAAUUGUUGGAUGAUAACAUGAUGAAAAUCAUCAACCAAAGUGGUGCUACUUCAAAGGAUAACUGGGUCGAAUCUCCAACUUUGUUCUUCAAGAUUGGUGGUAGAUCUGAACAGAUUAUUCAAGAAGUCAUUAAAGAAGUGGAAAAAAUUGCUUCUCAACACAACAAUACCAAAUUUGAAUUUGCUACUGAUGAAGAUUCCAAGCUAGAACUAUGGGAAGCUAGAAAAGUUGCUCUUUGGUCAACCAUUGAUACCGGCAGAAAGACCAACCCAGAUGCCAACAUUUGGACAACCGAUGUUGCUGUUCCAAUCUCGAAAUUCGCAGAUGUUAUUAAUGCUACCAAGGAAGAAAUGAACGCAUCUGGUUUAUUAACCUCUUUGGUUGGUCAUGCUGGUGAUGGUAACUUCCAUGCAUUCAUCAUCUACAACACUGAACAAAGAAAAACAGCUGAAACUAUUGUUGAAAAUAUGGUCAAGAGAGCCAUUGAUGCUGAAGGUACUUGUACCGGUGAACACGGUGUCGGUAUCGGUAAGAGAGACUACUUGUUGGAAGAAGUUGGUGAAGACACUGUUGCAGUUAUGAGAAAGUUGAAGCUCGCUUUGGAUCCUAAGAGAAUCUUGAAUCCAGAUAAGAUCUUCAAGAUUGAUCCAAACGAUCAUCAACAUUAA